ACGAGAUUUCCUCGCUGUUUGUUCUCUCUCGCUCUGUAUCCCUAUCCCUAUCUCUAUCUCUAUCUCUAUAUCUCUUCGACUUCCCAAUAAGCAUCGAAUUGCUGCCUGGGAGCUGGAGGAAGGUGCGGCCGGGGUGAUCCAUCUCGGGACGGAUCGUCAUGGCCUCUGACAAUCAAGGUGUUUCACCACCUCCUAAACCUUGGGAGCGGGCAGGGAGCUCAUCUGGUCCUGCGCCUUUCAAGCCACCAUCAUCUGGAAGCACAAGUGAUGUUGUUGAGGCGUCUGGGACUGCAAAACCUGGGGAAAUUGUUUCUAACGUGGAGGGAAAUGCUUCUAGAAACACUCUUGGUAGACCUGUACCUCCAAGACCAUGGGAACAGAAUUAUGGGAGUAAUUAUGGAGGCUAUGGUACAGGCUAUGGUACCGUAAACAAUGCAGGUUACCGCCCAGGGAUGUACAGUUCAUAUGGUGGGUUUGGAGGGCCUAGUGGUGGAUAUGGCUAUGGCAAUAGCAUGUACAAUGGAUAUAGGGGUUCUGGUAUGUAUGGAGGCAUGUAUAACAGUGGGUAUGGUGGCACAAUGGGUUCUUAUGGCACAAUGGGUUCUUAUGGUAUGGGCAUGGGCACGGGCACGGGCAUGGGUAUGGGCAUGGGUGGUCCAUAUGGCAAUCAGGAUCCAAAUAACCCGUUUGGUCCUCCAUCAGCACCUCCCAGCUUCUGGAUGUCCUUUCUUCGUGUGAUGUCUGGUGUGGUGGAAUUCUUUGGCCGAGUAUCCGUUCUUGUUGAUCAGAAUACUCAUGCAUUUCACAUGUUCAUGACAGCCAUGCUAGAGCUCUUUGACCGGUCUGGGUUGCUGUAUGGUGAGCUAGUAAGGUUUGUCCUGAGGCUACUGGGCUUCAUGACAAGGCGCAAGAAAAACAACAAAGUUGGAGCCAGAGAUGCUCCUGGCCUCCCUGCUGCCCCGGAGAAGAAAUACAUUGAAGGCCGGAAAGACGCAAACGUUUCAUGGGAUGGAGUCUGGAGUGAUGGCAACUAAAACAACCAUCUGAAGAAGAUUGGGAAGUUUAAUGAUGGUAAUACAUGUCCAUGCACAUGAUAUUGUGGUUUCAAGGAUGGUUCACUGGAGAGGGUCAAGGAUCCUAGAAAUGAUCCAGUUUAAUCAUAAAUUACGAGUUAUGACACCAAAUGUUGUCAAACAAUUAAACUUUGUAAAUGUUGUCGUUGGUCCGUGUUGCUUUCUGCGUAUAAAACCAUUUUCAAUUUGCUCUAGAAAGAGUCAAGCAAAUACUUAGUUAUUAUAUAUUGUUUCAUU